UAAAAAUAGCUAGUAGUAGUACAAAUUUUGAAGGAAAACAAUGGAGAUAAUUUGAAACCCUAACUAAUCCGUCUCACUCAGACCCCGACAAUCCCACGAACCACACUCUCUUCCACGCCGGCCACCGCGCGCCGUUGCAUCACCAGUAACGUGAUUCUCAGCCCACCGUGGCUCUCUCAUCUGAAACGGGGGCUGGAGGAAAGCAGUGAUUCUUCAGAAGGAAGAGGAGAGAAGUUUUCAUUUCAAAACUGCUUAUUUCAAAACAAGUUGGUAGUUUAGAAAUGGUGAAGUUGUUUAGUUUGGGAUCUGAACCAGUGAUUGGUAAUUUGAAUCCUUCGAAAAAGAAAGAGUAUAGAGUCACCAAUCGUCUACAAGAGGGCAAGCGUCCUCUAUAUGCUAUCGUUUUCAACUUCAUCGACUCCCGUUACUUUAGCGUUUUCGCCACUGUUGGUGGCAAUCGGGUUACUGUUUAUCAGUGCCUUGAAGGAGGAGUUAUUGCUGUACUGCAGUCUUAUGUAGAUGAAGAUAAGGAAGAAUCUUUUUACACAGUGAGCUGGGCAUGCAAUAUUGAUGGUACUCCAUUUGUUGUGGCUGGAGGAAUCAAUGGUAUAAUUCGAGUAAUUGAUGCUGGCAAUGAGAAGAUACACAAGAGUUUUGUUGGCCAUGGAGACUCCAUAAAUGAAAUCAGGACUCAAACAUUGAAGCCAACACUUGUUAUAUCUGCUAGCAAAGAUGAAUCUGUUCGGUUAUGGAAUGUUCACACUGGAGUAUGUAUUUUGAUAUUUGCUGGAGCUGGAGGACACCGUAAUGAAGUCUUAAGUGUUGAUUUUCAUCCAUCAGAUAUAUGUAAAUUUGCCAGUUGUGGCAUGGAUAAUACUGUAAAGAUAUGGUCUAUGAAGGAUUUCUGGAGCUAUGUAGAACAAUCAUUCACAUGGACUGAUAUCCCUUCUAAGUUUCCGACAAAAUAUGUGCAGUUUCCUGUAUUCAAUGCUUCAGUCCAUUCAAAUUAUGUUGAUUGUAAUAGAUGGUUGGGUGAUUUUAUCCUCUCAAAGAGUGUUGACAAUGAAAUUGUCUUGUGGGAACCUAAAGUGAAGGAACAGACUCCAGGGGAGGGCUCCGUUGACAUACUUCAGAAAUACCCUGUUCCCGAAUGUGAUAUAUGGUUCAUCAAAUUUUCUUGUGAUUUCCAUUACAAUGCAGCUGCAAUAGGCAACCGGGAAGGAAAGAUUUUUGUUUGGGAAUUGCAGUCAAGUCCUCCUGUUCUUAUUGCAAAGUUGUCGCAUGCUCAAUCAAAAUCUCCAAUAAGGCAAACUGCUGUGUCCUAUGAUGGAAGUACUAUUUUAAGUUGCUGUGAAGAUGGAACAAUUUGGCGCUGGGAUGAUUUUGCAAACUCUGAAGCAUAACUUAUUUUCUUGCAUUAACAACGCUAAGUUCAAGAUAUGUAGUCCAACCUGAGAAAUUUAUUGUUUAUUUUUAUUGACAGGAGAAAUUUCUUGUUUAUUGGGUUUAACUAGUCAUGAAUCCGAUAACUUGGUUUAUUUGGCUUGCUAAAUGUAGUGUGUGAAUGUAUGUAUCCCUUUCAUGAUUAAGUUUAUAAUCACAAUGUUUAUUUAGAACUUUUCUGUUAACAGCCAUUUUGAAAAGAAAAUAGAUAAUGGAUAAGGAAAAGUGCAAUGUGCUA